CCCUCGCCCCCCCUCCCAAAGCGCAUUUCUUUUCCCUCGCCCCUCUCGCUCUCGCUUGCGUGUGUCUCCAUUAACUCCCCUCGCCAUUACCCGCCUCACGCCCCCCAGCAAUGCCGCCGUGGACGGUGCGCGCGCGCGGCCUUCAGCGGUGCUAGCUAGAUCCACCGCCAAGCGGACCCGGGUCCGGACAGCGGCGGCGGCGGGACGAGGAGAAAGAAGAGACGGGUGUGGCCGGGAGAGGCGGGCGCGCCCAAUGCACGAGCACACCCUGGCCAGGGCGUGGGAGGCGACGGUGCGCAAGGUGCAGCAGCAUCCGCAGCCCGGGGGCAGGCGCCGGGUGGCCCCCAUGCUGCCCGCCGACGACUCCGAGACGGCCUCCUCCUCGGCCUCCUCCUCCGCGGGCGUCGACGAUGCCGACCACCACGGUCCGGAGGAGUACGUCGAGCGCGGCCUCCCCAACGGGGACUUCUAUACGGGGCAGUGGCGCGCCGGCGCGCCGCACGGCGCCGGGAAGUACCUGUGGAAGGACGGGUGCAUGUACGAGGGGGAGUGGCGGCACGGCAAGGCCACGGGCCGGGGCAAGUUCUCCUGGCCCUCCGGCGCCACCUACGAGGGCGAGUUCAAGGACGGCUUCAUGGACGGCGGCGGCACCUACACCGGCGCCGCCGGGGACACCUACAAGGGAGCCUGGUCCAUGAACCUCAAGCACGGCGACGGCAGGAAGAGCUACGCCAACGGCGACCAGUACGACGGCGAGUGGCGCUCCGGCCUGCAGGACGGCGCCGGCCGCUACAUCUGGCGCAACGGGACCGAGUACACCGGGCAGUGGCGGGCCGGCCUCAUCCACGGCCGCGGCGCGCUCACCUGGGCCAACGGCAACCGCUACGACGGCGGCUGGGAGGACGGCUGCCCGCGCGGCCAGGGCACCUUCCGAUGGGCCGACGGCAGCGUCUACGUCGGCUUCUGGACGCGAGAUGGCCCCAACGGCAUUGUCCAGCAGAAGGGCGUCUACUACCCUUCCCCGGCGGCGUCCUCCCCGACGGCGCGCGACCCCCGCGACGAGUUCGCGAGGGAAUUGCCGGGCUUCAUGGCCGCCGCCGGCGCCCCCGAGUCCACGCCGCUGCAGAGGCCGCUCAACAGCUCGGGCAACCGGACGGCCAAUGGGCGGGCGAGCUCGGUGUCCGGGAUGAGCAAUUGCUCCGGCGGCGACCGGAAGUACGACAAGAUUUGCAUCUGGGAGUCGGACGGCGAUAUCACCUGCGACAUUGUGGACGGGGCCGCCCUGGUCGACGACGCGCGGAGGAGCGUGAGGACGGAGGACGGCGCGGAGGGCGGGGAGCUUCUGCCGCCGCCGUCCCCGGCACCGCGCAUCGCCAAGUGGGUGUCCCCGCGGCAGGCGAAGCAGCAGGGGGAGACCAUCGUCAAGGGGCACAAGCACUACGAGCUCAUGCUCAACUUGCAGCUCGGCAUCAGGCAUGCAGUUGGGAAGCAAGGUCCGGUUACGCUUGAGCUGAAAUCAUCGGCAUUCGAUCCCAAGGAAAAAGUGUGGACAAAGUUCCCUCAGGAAGGCUCGAAACACACUCCGCGGCACAAUUCUUGCGACUUCAGAUGGAAGGAUUACUGCCCACAGGUGUUCCGGACAUUGCGCAAGCUGUUCAAGGUCGAUGCUGCUGACUACAUGUUGUCACUCUGUGGAAGCGAGGCUCUCCGGGAGCUCUCGUCUCCGGGUAAGAGUGGAAGCUUCUUCUACCUAACAAACGAUGACCGGUACAUGAUAAAGACGAUGAAGAAAUCAGAAGUGAAGAUGCUUUUGAAGAUGCUUCCAGCUUACUACAAUCAUGUCCGUGCAUUUGAGGAUACUCUAGUGACCAAAUUUUUUGGUCUACAUUGUGUCAAGUUAGCCGGCGCAAAUCAGAAGAAGGUUCGCUUUGUCAUAAUGGGGAAUCUAUUCUGCUCUCAUAAUUCUAUCCAUAGGCGUUUUGAUCUCAAAGGCUCGUCUCUUGGCCGCACAACUGACAAGCCACAAACUGAAAUUGACCAGUAUACAACUCUGAAAGACCUUGAUCUAAAUUUCAUAUUUAGAUUAAAGAAGCAAUGGUUUCAAGAGUUCCAAAGGCAAGUGGACAGGGAUUGUGAUUUCCUUGAGCAAGAGAAGAUUAUGGAUUACAGUCUCCUGGUGGGGGUACAUUUUAGGCAUAAUGGAGAGAAGCUUAUGACUGAAGGUUGCACUGACAAUGAUACCAACAGUGUAUCAACACUUCGGCUUUCAAGAGGAUACACGGAUCAAUUUCUUGCUGAUCCAAAUGGGAUGUCUAAAAUCAAACUUGGGACAAGUAUGCCUGCAAGAGCAGAACUGACUGCUAGGAAAAAUGACUGCGAGCCGCAGCUCAUUGGAGAGCCAACCGGGGAAUACUACGAUGUUAUACUGUAUUUUGGGAUCAUAGACAUACUCCAAGAUUAUGACAUCAGCAAAAGGCUUGAGCAUGCGUAUAAAUCUUUCCAGUACGACCCGACCUCGAUAUCGGCAGUGGAUCCAAGGCAGUAUUCCAGACGUUUUAAGGAUUUCAUAUACAAAGCAUUUCAAGAGGACAGCUGAAAAGAUCCCGGAGCUUGACAACGAAGCCAGCCCCCCGAUGCAGAUGAACCUUGAGAUGUCAAUGGAAAGCUCAGCCUCUGCACAGCGAAGUGGGGUAUCGCCGUCGAUUUUCAGUACAAGGACGGGUGAGUGUGGCUUCAGCACAAGCCAUCCGGAUGGUAGAGUUGCUCCAGAAAUGGUCCGGCUCUCGCGUAAAUAUAAAUAGCUAUAUUAAUAUCUACUAUACAUACAAUACAUAGGGCUCACUGAUAUUUGUAGGGUAGGAGAUGGAGUUGGAGAUGUUAACUUAGUGAUUCAACUUAAAAGAUAGGAGAGUUGUAACCAAGCGCGCAAGCCGGUCCGGGAGUUGUAAAUGUCUCUUUUUUUUUUCACCUGAUGAGGGUAGGCAGCAUGUGCUAGGUUUUUUGUGGGGUAAAAAUUUGUUGAUUGAUACGCUUGUCGACAUACAUGCCCAUAGGAGGGACAUCCUUGGAUUUCUGUCUCCACAUUUGUACAUUGUUUUCAGUUUGGGACCUGGCCUUGCAAGGCAGACUGGUAGUGAUGCCUCAGUUUUGUUCUCCUUUUCC